CCAGCCUUGGGAGCGGCUCGGGCCUCGGCAGUGAGGCCGGCAGCGGGCUCAAUGACUCUCGGAUGCUUGGCGGCGUCCUGCCAGUGCUCGAGGUCGAGAGUCUCGUCGAGAAGGCGAAGUUCUAUACAUCCCUAUGUCUGGGCUCGACCGCCAUCCUCGCGGUUUUCGCCUUCCUCUUCGCGAUCCCGUUCGUCGUCGAGCCCGCCAUCUCGACCAUACUCGCUGACUUCUCACCGCGACCCGUCGCCUGCACCACUACAAGGCACAUUCUCGCCGAGGGUCUGAAGAACUGCUCUUGGGCCAGUUGCAGAGAAGGCUGCACUGCAGCGGUAACGAGCUGCCACCAGAUCCGCGUCAACUACACGAAGCUGACGUACGAAGAGUUCAUGGCCAAGCCACUUGGGAGCAUACCCUGGGACGUCUUGGAUACAAAGUUUUAUGUGAAUGCCGAAGGCUGCGGAUACCCGGAUACCGGUGUCGUUUGUUCCGAAUUUGCCAACAAAUUCGGCAAUAACAGCCACGGGAAAAUCUUCCCUUGCUAUUAUAGCCGAACGUAUCCGGAAACGGUCGUGUCCAGAUAUUCCUGGGAAGAGAAUUUGCGCAAUCUAAUACUGGCUUUAACGAUUCCUGUGAUGCUAUUCGUCUUAUCGUUGGCCGUGCUGUGCUACUGGUAUUGUCCACCGGUGAACAAGUCGUGCAGUGGUCCCAGAAGAAGUCUCAUUGACAAGUAUGAGAGGAAGGGAGACAUUCUCGGUGAGGAAGAUUUCGAAGAGGACGAAGAGGAAUACUGACUGUUGCCUCGGGCUCACCCCCCGGCUCGGGAGUGAUGCCAACUUAA